CAGUGUCAUCUGUAUCCGACAUCACCAUUCGUCUCGGGUCCACCUCCAUAUCUGGCGGUCAGCAGAUGAAGGUAGCGAAGCUAUGGCGUUUCCCUGGCUACAGAGAAGAGCUCAACGGAACUGCUUUGGUGAACGACGUGGUCAUGUUCAAGCUGCAGCAAGCUGUGGCCAUCACUAAUGAUGUCAUUCCGAUCAAGCUGGUCGUCGAUGACAAGCCCCUGACCUCCUCCUCCGACCUUGCGAUCAGUGGAUGGGGCCAAACCGACAACGAGGGCACACAAACAAAUAGACUGUUAGCAGCUACGGUGGAUCACCUGCCUAACGGGUGCAAGAACUACGGCAAGCGGUUCCAUCCGAAGGUGAUGCUGUGUGCAGGCUGCACUGGAGGACGUGUCGACACGUGUCACGGGGACAGUGGUGGUCCCGCCACCACCUCCUCCUCCUCCAAGGGUUGCCCUAUCCUCGUAGGCAUCACCAGCUUUGGCGAUGGCUGUGCCCUGCCAGGGUACCCUGGCCUUUACACCCGGGUUGGAGCGUUCGUCGACUGGUUGGAGAAGCAGGCAG